UCCGCCACAACUUAAAGUAGACAUCUUGGCUCUGCUUGACAUUGGACGUUUUUAUUGAAAAAAAAGUAAAUAGAAGUUUAUACCUGAACUUUGAAAAUUUCAUGGUGAUGAUAGGGUCACUUUUUAAAUUUAUUCUUUUUGUAAAAGCAAUUUUAAAAAAAACUACUUUUUAAUUUACUUACUCGUAAACGUAAACAAUAACAUCUUAAAAAUCAUGAGUUUCGUCCAUUUUUAAAAAAUGUUAUUCAGUCACGUUUUUUUAAUAAUUACCCAUUAUCGAUAGUACUUUGAGUCGUAGUAAAUUUACUUUGAAAAUCAGUCAUUUUAUCGCAAAAUAACUUUUUUUUAAACCGUAAUAACAAAAAAUAUAAACAUUAUGUUCAUCUUAAUAUUAAUAUUGAAGAGAAUAAUGAUAUUAAUAAGUAGUACUUUAAGUAGUUUAUUUAGACUUAGAAUAUUAUUUUUAAAAUUAUUAUAAGCCAUUUUAUUCAUUCAAUUUCAUUAUUAAUCAUUCAUUUUCAGUUCAAGCCUAUCGAUUAUCCCAGCUAUCCCUGGUCAGUUAAGUAAGUAAAAAUCUCUAAAAAUUUAAUUUUGGCAUUCAUUACUGACAUUACAGAUUCCCCUUUCUGUGAUAUUACAUAAUCUAUGAUAAUCUUUUAAACCCAUUAAUAGGUCUAGUUUCUUCAACUUUAUUUUAUGGCUUUAAAUUUAAACUAUUUUUAAAAAUUUACCCAAAACAAUGCAAAUUUAGGUUGCUGUUAUCCCAGGUUUGCAUAUAUUGGAAUACUGCAUCUAUUCAAUGGGGGUCAAUAAAUCAAUAUUCAGUCUUAAAACUGAUUUAUAGCAUCUAUUCUAUGCCUUUUAACUAUUAUUAGUAUUAUAAUUUGCUGAAAUAAAAUAAAUUUAUAAUCUCAGCCCUUGCUUAAGAAAGUAAGAAUAAUGCAAUAAAAUUUUAACUUCUAAAAUAGGUACCAGGUUUUCUAACCCUCCAUCUGGUUGAAUAACACACACUUACUCAAGUUGCUGUAAAUCAAUGCUAUAGACUAUAGUAAACUAAUUUAUAGGUUAACAGUUCAUUGAUUUAUGCCACAAUUAAGUCUGCACACUUCCUUUUAAAUUGGCAGUUGAUGUGAGUAAUAAUAAUAGUUCACCAAUAAAAGCUACAUAUUCUUACCCUUUAAAUUGGGUAUGGAUUUCAACACUUAGCCUCAAUCAUGAAACUCUCUUCCUAAACUUCAACUUUGAAAUUAUUCUGAAGAUUUUUGUUAGGUGAAUAUAAAUAUACCGGUAACGGUAGUGCUACAUAGAGAGUAAGUCUAAGUACUUGGAACUUGGUGUUUUUAUAAAGAAAAUGUGUGUUUAUUCAUAUAAUAAUCAUAGAUAUUUGAUUCUUUUUAACAGAUGAUUAUUUUUUUUAAAGACUUUUACUCACUAGUUCAUUUCUGUUUAGGUAAUGUUAUAAAUUCAGCAUCUUCAGACAAUUCCAUGGCUACAGCAAUUUGGAAAGGUUAUGCUCGAUUGCUAGAAAAGUUUCCCCUGAGAACAAUGUGCUUCACAACAGGUAAAUUACAUAAAUGUCCAAUACAGUAUCACAGGUAGCUUGUAUAGAGUUCCUGUACAACAGGUACACUGGAUGCUUGUCCAGUAUAACUGGUACAUUGUGAAAAUGUCCUUUACAAUUGUCUUAUUGGAUAAAUAUGUCCCUGUUAACCAGAUUGGUUUCCUUAAAUUUCCAAAGGAACAGUUUGGACAUCAGUUGUGUGUCUAUAUUUAUCUUAUUGUUAGGCUUAUUUAUAGGCUCUUCAGGGUUUUGUUUAAAUCAAUCCUCUGAGAAAUAAUGAUGAAAGUAAUAUGCAAUAAAUAUAGUAAAUACAGAAAAAUGUGAUAAGACAUGUAUUAAUUAUGUUUUUUUUAAUCUUAAGAAUAUCAUAGAUCUACAAUUUCAUUAUAAGGUACUCUUAUGGCAACUGGCGACUGUAUCAGUCAAACUGUGAUAGAGAGAAAGUCACUCAAGGAAUAUGAGGGAAUUCGGACUGGCAGAUUUUUUGUCUUUGGCUUUUGUGUGUUUGUAAGUUACUGAGGAUUUCCUAAAUCAUGGAGGACCAUAAGUUUAGUUUUUCUUUUUAAUUUUUCACUAAAUUCCUUCUAUGUUUAUAAACUUAUUUGAUUUUUAAUGGAUUGUCAGUAACUGGUUGUCAUGACAUUAGUGCAUCCCUAAGCUAGAAAUGGGACUAUUGAUAGUCUAAGCUUUGGGGGGCAAAAAUGAGUGGUAGCCAGAAUUACUAUUGGGUCUUGCACUUCUGCCUUCUUGAGGUGGAGAUUGAAAGCAAAUUUAACUUGAUGGUUUGUUUUUUUUAAUUGUUUUUUUUUUCAAUUUCUUCAGUAAGGGCCCAGCAAUAUUUUUUAUUUAUUUCUUUAGUUAGGGCCUAGCAAUGAUAUGUGUUUAUUGCUCUAGCUAAGCCCUAUCCGUCAUAUCUUUGAUGAGCUGCCCAGUAAUAUCUAUUUUGCUAUCAUUCCACUAGGGGCCAGCAAUGAGAGGUUGGUACCUGACAUUAGAUCGGCUUUAUGCCGGGAAGAAUUUGGCUGCCCUUAAAAUGAUGGCCACCGAUCAGGUAAGCUAAUUGUUUGAUGAAUUCACAAAUGCACUAUACUUAUUGUUAAACUCUCUGCACCCGCUGAAAUAUUAUUAUUGGACAUUUAUUUUUAUUACAUGAUUCAAACAAGUUGAAGCACUUCUAUUGCCAUGAUCAUAUUAUAUUAUUUGAAAUGCUUAGUGGCAUAAAUGAAUGAUUUUUAACAAAAGAAAGAACUUUAUUUGUUUUAAAUCAUGGUUGGAUUAAUUUUAACGACAUUGUUAGAAAUAAGGUGUGUCAUACAGUAUGAUUUAUUUAAGUGGUUAAAGUUAGGAAUGUGAGUAUGUGGUUUGUGUAAUGUGUCUGUGAGUGUCGUACAUCACAGCUAAAGUAUUGAAUAAUUUCAUUAUUGCGGUGUGCUAUGAACCUGAUGUGAUGUUUGUUUUCAGAUAAUUAUGUCACCAAUCUUUAUUGCUACAUUUAUUACUGGCAUGGGGCUAUUGCGCCUGGAAAGCCUUGAAGAGAUCAAGGCCAAAUUUAAACGAGUAAGUUCCAUCGACCAUGUUACCUCACAGGGGUGUAACUCAUCCUCUGACUCAUAUAAUGUUAUUGAGCCACUGAUAAGGAAAAAACAUGUCAAUCAAAUAAUAUAACAUGGCAGACUUGAUAUGAAGUAUUUAAAAAAUUAUAAUUAUUUUUGUUUGGUGUUAAUUAAGAUUAUUAUUUUUUUUUUUUAAUUUAUCAAUUGAUUGUAAAAGCCUUGGUGUGCACAAUACAUUAGCAAAUAGUUACAAUUAUUUGGCACAUAUUUAUGUUUGCAGUCUUUGAAAUGGGCAAAUACGACAUAAAGGGCAUAUACCAUGGAUGUCCCGUUGAAUUUGACAGGCUCUACAUUUAGUUUAAAGUAAUUGAUUUUAAUGAAAAAUAUAAUUUUUUAAUAUUUAUUUCAUUGCAGGACUUUGUGACAAUACUUUUAAAUAAUUACAAGGUAAGUUGUAAGAAAUUUAAGAAUAGCUUGGCAGGAUGCAACCUAAUCACAUGUUCUUGGGGAAGUUAAUAAAGCUAAUGACCAAAGGAACACUGUUUGGAUUCAAGAACUUGCUCAUAAAAGACUUUAAAAAAUAAUGUAACAUGAAAAAUGAAGCAACCAUUUAUCAAAGCAGUUGACAUUAUCUCAUGUAAAUAUAUCACAAAGUAGAGUUAAGAUCAAUUCAAUGGCUGUUAAAAUUGAAUUAUAUCUCAACUCUUUUUGAGCUCCAUUGGAUGUAAACAAAAAUUUUAGUGGGGGUGGUGGGGAGUAACUGAAGUUAAAUAUAAAUGGCUAAUGAAUUGACCCACAAGUCUUUUGAUUUACUGAUGGAAUUGAUUACUUAGUUUAUCAUGGUCUGCAUAUAUUGAUAGCAAUGAGAACAUUUUAAUUAAAUGAUCUAUGCAUCUCUUCAGGUCUGGCCCCUGGCACAGAUGAUUAACUUUUACUUUAUGCCUCUACAACACAGGUAAGUCAACUGGCAAUGUUUGAAGCAGCUCAAUAUGGAUGUGAAGGUUGGGGGUCAAAUUUCUAUAGCAUGCUUUAAUAGGGGUGAAGAUGUACGCAUUCAGUGUUAGGUUAAAGUGUGGUAUAGUUGUAGUGGUAGUGUUAUGAUGAGUGUAUUAAACAUCAGAUCUACACAGGAGUAUUAUGGUAGGGAAAUUGUAAUGCUAUGGAGUGGGUUUUGUAAUUGUAAUUUAAUGGUAAUGUAGUGUUACUGUAAAGGUAGGGUAGUGGUGGUCAAGUGUUGGUGUAGUGGUCAGUGUUUGUCUUCAAUCCUGGAUCUUCACAUGAGUUAUUCCCCAUUGUUGAAAUAUGAGGUCCCAAGGUCUUGUUUACAGACAAGUCACAAAGUCUGUUUGCUUUACAGACAAUUUCAGAAAAUCACCAGUUCUUUAGUGAGACACUUGUAGUAAACAAAAGCCCAACUUAUAAUGUGAUCUCAGACUUGUUUUCCUCACAGUAAAUCUACAACUUCUCAUUUACAAUUUACAAGGCUAGAAAAACCUUGCAAUAAUGAAUUAGUUAGUUUAUCGACAAUUUUCAAUAGUUCUGUGAGGUUUAAACCAUAAGUAUUAACAUAAUUAAUUCUUUAAAGUGUAAAAAAAAAAUCAGUUUUUUAUAAGGUGUGAGUUUCAGAAACUUUAUUUUUUAUUUUUCAGAGUUCUCUUUGUGAACUUUAUCUCCCUUGGCUGGAACACUUACCUGGCCUGGCAGUCUGAGAAGAAAUGAAGUAAUGGCGGAACACGUGGCGCAGUGAUUCAGCAUGUAAAUAACAUGACCGCUUAGAUCAGUUUUAGUCCUUGUUCUUUUGGAAGGAUCUCUGCUCAGGGAAUUUUAUGAAUGUUCAAAUUUAACAGACGUAACUUGUUUACAUGUCACUUUAAUAACUUUUAUUGAAAAGAUUUUCCUCUCUUUCUCCACUUUUGAAAAUCCUCAAAUUCCACAUUUAUAUAAUUUUGUUAUUUCUCAUUCUGUAAUUGUUUUGGCUGUACCUUAAUUGUCAAUAGAAGAAAUGACUGAAAUGAAAGAUAUUUUUUUCAUGCAAUUGUAACUGGUUAUGUCUCAAGCCCUAAAAUUUAUUAUUGCUGUGCCAGCAUCUGCGUAGCCAGUCAUGUCUCAAGCCCUAAGAUCAGUAAUGCUGUACCAGCAUCUGCGUAGUGGGUCAUGUCUCAAGCCCUAAGAUCAGUAUUGCUGUACCAUCAUCUGUGUAGCGGUCAUGUCUCUAGCCCUAAAAUUUAGUAUUGCUGUACCAGCAUCUGCCUAGCCAGUCAUGUCUCAAGCCCUAAGAUCAGUAUUGCUGUACCAACAUCUGUGUAGCCGGUCAUGUCUCAAGCCAUAAAAUCAGUAUUGCUCUUCCAGCAUCUGAGUGGCUGGUCAUGUCUCAAGCCAUAAAAUGAGUAUUGCUGUACUGUACCAGCAUUUGUGUGUGUCUAGAUGAUUUUGAUAAAGUUGUUUUAUGCUUGGUGGUAUUUUCUCUCCAGAUUAUUUUCACUUGAUUAAUCAUUUAAAACAGUGGUGGGGUUCAAAUAAUUUGAAAAAUGAUUUCUCAUGCUUACACGUACACUCAGUUAUAGAUUUUGAUUGUACAUCAAUUGUUACUAUUUGUAUAUCCAUCAUUUUUACAUGUUUUUCCUAAAAGAGUUUUGAUGUGCGUUAACAAAACAUCGGGCAUAGAUUUUUUUUUAGUUUCUCUCAGUGUUUGUCAAAAGAGAUUACAAUCACAAAGAGCUCUUAAUCCUAUAUACCACAAUUUGUAAAAAUCUAAAGACAAGCAGAUGUUAAUGUGUGACCUGACUUUGUUCAAGUUUUAACUUAUGGUCACAAAAAAAUGAUUAUUUGAGGUCUUAGAUGAUCCUUACAUACCUGUCAGAUUAUCAAGCUUUAGAUUUGUUUCCCCUUUGUGUUAAUUUUGUCCCUAAGAAUCUGAUGAAAUUGCUCAACAAAUCUUGUGGAUAAACUCUUAAUAAAUGUUGGGACUGAAAUGUUGACUGAAAUUAAUUGUCUUUGUUCAAAAACUUUUGUAAACAUAUUUUUUUUGUUUCAUGUGACCUGCUGCUAUAUUAUUUAAGUCAUGGAAUGAUCUCAAGGGACGGACUCUUGAUAAUAAACUAUUGUUCCCUGUACUGUAUUAAAAACAGAGAUUUAUUUUUCAUGUAUUUAAAUUUGUGCCUAAAGAAGUGGAUAAGUUUCCAAAUGUGAAAAUAUUAAAAUAUAUUUUUGUUUUAUUUUAACUUCUAACAAAUUUCAAGUAUAUCCAUUUUGUUAGUAAUAAAUGUGAUUUAUUAUUGAUGAAUAAUGUA